CCAAACCGGUCCCGUCCAGACGCCGGGCGUACCACGUGUUUGCUGAACGAGAACUUGGGAAUGACUUUUUCGGACCCUCCCUUCCGGCAAGCUGCGUCUAGUUUAAACUUGAAUAGGUCCUACUCCUCUUUUCCCCACCCAGAGCGGUUUUGUCACACUUGUCGGUGAUAUAAGAGGAAGAAGGCCGUCCUUGGGGUAAGGGUGGAGCUUGUGCCUUAAAGGGAAGGACUUGAAGCCGGUGAACCACAAAAGUUCGUCGCGUCCGGUCGGAGCCACUUCGCGCCCUGUCGGAUUUAGACGGUCUCUCGUCCUGCACUUGUUCUCUGCGGUGAAGCGUCCCUGUACGGUGUGUUCGCCAACGCACUCUAGAUCUGUCGCUGAUUUUUGGAGAAAAGGGAGGAGUUACAACAGAGACGUUGCAGAUUUGGUCAAGAAGGUGGUCUGGUGCAGGCCGAGAAACCCGUUGAUUCUGGCAAGAUAUCUCCAGGAGUCGGUUCUACAGGAGAGGUCCUUCCACCUUCUAAGUUGCUCCUUUACAGUAGGAUCGCAGAAACGACUUUGGUAUGUGCUCGUGGAGACCAGCCCGUAUUGCGCUGACGGGGACGUUCCUCAUCGCCGUCCUCGUCGGCAUGGUAGCCGUCUACUCUACAGGCUACAGCUUCAUCGCCUCCGAGGACAGCUACUUCGCGUUCGGCCUGUACGGCGCCGUCAUGUGCGUGCACCUGAUUAUCCAAAGCGUGGCGGCCUUGAUAGAACAUUAUCGCAUCUCUACCGAGGAAGACCUGGAGGAAAGCGACCGGGUCAUCGGUCUGGUCAUAGCAGCAUACCAGGAAGAUCCCGAACUGAUGCGUCACUGCCUUAUCUCAGCUAAGACAUUGAAAUAUCCCAAGAUGAAGAUCGUCAUGGUCGUGGACGGAAACAGGGACGAAGAUUUCUACAUGAAAGACAUUUUCGUGGACAUCAUGGGAAAGGAAAACACGGCGACGUUUUUCUGGCAGCACAAUUUCCACACGUUUCAAUCGGACAGCAUUGAGGAAGUUUCAGCGGACCCGACCGAGCAGCUAGUAAACAUGGUGCGGUCGCACCAAUACAGCUGCAUUCUACAAGAGUGGGGAGGAAAGAGGGAGGCUUUGUACACAGGUUUCAAGGCACUAGGGGACACCGUGGACUACGUCCAAGUCUGCGACUCGGAUACCAUUCUGGACCCCAUGUGUGCCAUGGAAAUGGCUAAGAUCCUCGACAAAUACGAGGAUGUUGGCGCCGCCGUGGGGGAUGUCAGAAUUCUAAACAAGAUGGACUCUUUGAUUUCGUUCCUGAGUAGCUUACGGUACUGGAUGGCCUUCAACGUGGAGCGCGCUUCCCAGUCCUUCUUCAACUGCGUCACGUGCAUCAGCGGCCCCCUGGGACUCUACCGAAGCACGCUGAUCCAACAGGUGCUCGACCACUGGUACGAGCAGAGCUUCUGCGGCUCCAAGUGCACCUUUGGCGACGACCGACACCUGACCAAUCGCGUGCUCAGCCUGGGCUACGGCACCAAGUUCACCUGGCGCGCCUCCUGCCUCACCGAGACGCCCUCCACCUACCUCCGCUGGCUGAACCAACAGACCCGCUGGUGCAAGUCCUACUACCGCGAGUGGCUCUACAACGCCCUGUGGUUCCACAAGCACUCCCUGUGGAUGACCUACGACUCCGUGUUCUCUGGACUCUUUCCCGUCUUCCUGACCAUCACCACCUUCCAGCUGGUCUACAGAGGGAAGAUUUGGAACAUCCUCCUCCUGCUCCACAUCAUCCAGGUGAUCGGUAUCGUUAAGAGUAUCUAUGCUUUUGCCCUCUCCCGUAGACCCAUCAUGUUGUUUAUGUCCAUCUAUUCGCUCUUGUAUUUCACCAGUUUAUUACCCAGUAAAUUCUUUGCGCUCUGUACCAUCGGUAAAACCAGCUGGGGCACGUCAGGGAGGAAGAAGAUCAUCGCUAACUACAUCCCACUUGUUCCCCUCUCCAUCUGGUUUACCAUACUCCUGGGUGGUUGUGGCUACACGGCCUACCAGGAAUGGGGUAACCCGUUCGAUCGACAAAAGCAGGCGUAUCUCAUUAUAGGGACCUGUUUUUACACAAUCUACUGGCUUUGUAUGACAGCUGCUUAUAUAGUGUAUAAAGCCAGGCAUUACCCUGCAAAAGAAUACCAUGUAUUAGCCUCCCAACGCGUCACUGAAGCUGCUGAAGAGGUUUAACCCAAAUUGGUGCACGUCCCAUUUUGAUAGGAUUGCCCCCUCCCCCCUUAAUAAAAAAUAAUUCAUUUCUUAAUAAAGUUAGUGAUCAAUUUUUAAUGUCGAACAAAAUGAAACACAGAUACAUCUUGAAUUUAGUCGUAAGGCUGAUAAUUUCAGGCCAAACCACCUCAACUCUUUACCACAGUUUACUUAGUUUAAAAACACAGUCUAAAAUUGUUAGCGAAUGAUAAAUUCAUCCUCGAGUUUAGGGGAUACUGGAGAGGGCGUAUGCAAAAUACCUUGUGUUGGAUUAAGUCUUUUUUGUGAAUCUUGAAACGUUUCCUACAUAUAGUGUCAAUGGUAACGAUUCAUGUCACAGGAGGUCUUGAAAUGUAUUUGACACUACUUCAAAAUAUUUGGUACCAUAGUUUUAAAUAUUGUCAGAUGCUGAGGUUGGCAGCUGGCCAGUUCACUCCCUCUGUUAUAGAUCUCGGAUUAGAGAUUUUUAGGUGUUCGUGAAUGUUUCCAUGUUCUCAGUGCAAACUGUAGAAGACUGCCACACAAUGUUGAUUUGUACGAAUUAUUUACUCUGCUGCACAUUACUGAUGAUAUAAAGUACAAAGAUUUAUAUUGUACGAGACGACCUGCUGCUUUUUAUUUUGGGCAACAGAUUGGGCUGGACUGUUUCCCACUUGCCCAAUCCUACUGUCCGUAACACAGAUAUGUACGCAUAACAUGGGAAUACAAGUGCCAAAUGUGAAUAACAAUGAUAAUUAUGUACAGAAUUUGACAUGAUGUAUUCAAAUCUCCUGAUGUCAAAAAUUCGUACUAAUGAUUUUUUACUAUUUCUAAAUUUAUCCCCAUUCCACUAAAGGCUACCAGCUGCUGAGUGACCGCUAAGGGACCAAAUUUUUUUUUUCACGUUUUGUAUGUUUUGUUGUCAUUUAAAACAUACUUCUUUAUCUUAUACCACCUCACAAUUGCAAAACCAAGGGCGCACAACCCCAAUUUUGGUCCCUGCACGGUUGUUUAGCAAUCGCCGCCAAGCUGAAAGGGGGGACGACCUAACCUGCAGCAUUUAUUGCCGCUAAUUAGCAGUGCAAAAUGUGUACGUCCGCACUACAGCAGAAACUACCAACUUUACUAUUACUUCCAGGCCAAGUUAACUAAAUUUUAUCGUUCCGAAGCCCAUAGAUGUCAUCAAGAUCUUAUCUUCGCAUUUAGGCUGCAAUCUUUUAUACCUAUGUUUUCAUAGACGGGUCAAUCAAGCGAUUGAAAUGACCUGGCCUAUCGUUGAAACUUGAAGACAUAUGUUUUUGUAGAAUGUCGAUGAUAGUUCGCAUCAUGUUAAAGGGUGGUGCAUAUAGAAGCUGUGAUAUUCUCAGAAAGAAGGUUCAACAUUCUGCUGUGCAGAGUUGCACCAGAUGCCAAUCAAUGUCCGCAAUACAUUCCGUAUUACGUAAGACUUGUGAAAAUAACCAGCUGUAAGCUAAUGCCUGAUUGGACGAUGUUUUAACGUCAUCUCUUGCAAAGAAACCACACGACCUUUAUGUACUUGUAAGAUUAACAAUGUUUAACCUAUGCGUUAUGUGAUUCCAAUUUAAAACACCACAGGGUGUAGAUGAACAAGGUAGUGGAUUCGCUUCGCCUUACAUGUAGAACCAUGCAUGUGGCGAAGGUUAUUUGACAAGAACGAUGUAAUAAAUUUUCGUCAUCUGGA